GGCCACCUCCACGCUGCUGGCCGGGGACUCGGACUCCCAGGAGGAAGCGCACGGCAAGCUCGUUCUCUGGUCGGCCUCCUCUAUUUCUCUCCACCUGAUUUCCUGUUUCCUCCUCUGGCUUUGGAGUGGCUUCCCUGACUACCUCCUCUUAAGCUCCCACCUGUUCUCUAUCUCACCUCAGCUUGGCCUCCGGAACGCCCCCCGCUGCUGGGCAGUGAUCCAGCCCCUGCUGUGUGCUGUGUACAUGCCCAAGUGCGAGAACGACCGGGUGGAGCUGCCCAGCCGCACCCUCUGCCAGGCUACCCGCGGUCCCUGUGCCAUCGUGGAGAGGGAGCGGGGCUGGCCCGACUUCCUGCGCUGCACCCCCGACCACUUCCCCGAGGGCUGCCCGAACGAAGUGCAGAACAUAAAGUUCAACAGUUCGGGCCAAUGCGAGGCUCCCUUGGUUCGGACUGACAACCCCAAGAGCUGGUACGAGGAUGUGGAGGGCUGUGGGAUCCAGUGCCAGAACCCGCUCUUCACCGAGGCCGAGCACCAGGACAUGCACAGCUACAUCGCGGCCUUCGGUGCUGUCACCGGCCUCUGCACACUCUUCACCCUGGCCACAUUUGUGGCUGACUGGCGGAAUUCGAAUCGCUACCCUGCUGUUAUUCUGUUCUACGUCAAUGCGUGUUUCUUCGUGGGCAGCAUUGGCUGGCUGGCCCAGUUUAUGGAUGGUGCCCGCCGGGAGAUUGUCUGCCGUGCUGACGGCACCAUGAGGCUCGGGGAGCCCACCUCCAACGAGACCCUGUCCUGCGUCAUCAUCUUUGUCAUUGUGUACUAUGCCCUGAUGGCUGGCGUUGUCUGGUUUGUGGUCCUCACCUACGCCUGGCACACGUCCUUCAAAGCCCUGGGUACCACCUACCAGCCUCUCUCAGGCAAGACCUCGUACUUCCAUCUGCUCACAUGGUCACUCCCUUUUGUCCUCACAGUGGCAAUCCUCGCUGUGGCCCAGGUGGAUGGGGACUCUGUGAGCGGCAUCUGCUUUGUGGGCUAUAAGAACUACCGAUACCGUGCUGGCUUUGUGCUGGCCCCAAUUGGUCUGGUACUCAUCGUGGGAGGUUACUUCCUCAUCCGAGGAGUCAUGACCCUGUUCUCCAUCAAGAGCAACCACCCCGGGCUGCUGAGUGAGAAGGCAGCUAGCAAGAUCAAUGAGACGAUGCUGCGCCUGGGCAUUUUUGGUUUCCUGGCCUUUGGCUUUGUGCUCAUCACCUUCAGCUGCCACUUCUACGACUUCUUCAACCAGGCCGAGUGGGAGCGCAGCUUCCGGGACUAUGUGCUAUGCCAGGCCAAUGUGACCAUCGGGCUACCCACCAAGAAGCCCAUCCCCGACUGUGAGAUCAAGAAUCGCCCUAGCCUUCUGGUGGAGAAGAUCAACCUAUUUGCCAUGUUCGGAACCGGCAUUGCCAUGAGCACCUGGGUCUGGACCAAGGCCACGCUGCUCAUCUGGAGGCGCACCUGGUGCAGGUUGACGGGGCAGAGUGAUGACGAGCCCAAACGGAUCAAGAAGAGCAAGAUGAUCGCCAAGGCCUUCUCCAAGCGGCGCGAGCUGCUGCAGAACCCAGGCCAGGAGCUCUCCUUCAGCAUGCACACCGUCUCCCACGACGGACCUGUGGCGGGUUUGGCCUUUGACCUCAAUGAGCCCUCGGCGGAUGUGUCCUCUGCCUGGGCCCAGCAUGUCACCAAGAUGGUGGCCCGGAGAGGAGCCAUACUGCCCCAGGAUGUGUCUGUCACCCCCGUGGCAACUCCAGUGCCCCCAGAGGAAAAAGCCAACCUGUGGCUGGUUGAGGCAGAGAUCUCCCCGGAGCUGGAGAAGCGCCUGGGUCGGAAGAAGAAGCGGAGGAAGAGGAAGAAGGAGGUGUGCCCGCUGGUGCCGCCCCCUGAGCUCCGCCACCCCGCCCCCGGCCCCGCCCCAGCCUCCAGUGUCCCUCGACUGCCCCAGCUGCCCCGGCAGAAGUGCCUAGUGGCCGCAGGCGCCUGGGGAGCUGGGGAAUCCUGUCGACAGGCAGCCUGGACCCUGGUCUCCAACCCCUUCUGCCCAGAGCCCAGCGCCCCAGCCCCCAUGGCCUGGGCGCAGGGCCGAAGGCAGGGGCUGGGGCCCAUUCACUCCCGCACCAACCUGAUGGAGGCAGAACUCAUGGAUGCAGACUCGGACUUCUGAGCCUGGAGUGCGGGACCUCGGAUGAGAAAGAGGAACAGAUACCUUUCCAAGGCUCUUCUUCCUCCGAGAUUGCUUCCCCAGGGUCUCAUCUUCCAGAGAAGCUGAGGGCCCAGUGCCCUCCCAGGAGAGUUCGAUUUGUCUGGCUCACAGCAGCAGGACUGUGGGAAAGAGCCCUGACAUCUCCAUGGACAGGCCUCACCCCGGGGCAGGGCCCUGGAGCUCAGGGUCCUUGUUUCUUCCCCACCAACUGGAGUCUGGCUGGGAGCAUCAGUCUCCCACAGGGUGGUGGGGUGUGUGGAGCUUGUGGGGCAGUAAAGGUGGAGGCAGAGGUGACAGUACUUCGCUUGGGCUGUUGUGGCCAGGGAGGCAGCCAAGCCCAUGUCUGGCAGAUGAGGGCUGGCUGCCUUUGUCUAUGUCAAUGGUUGCCUUUCCCUGGCUCUCAGACCAAAAGUGUUUAUUGUGUCAUUAGCCCUUUGGCUAAGUGGGGACAGGGCUCCUUUCUCCCUCUUCCAAGUGAUUGUGGGGCUGGGAGUGCCUAUUCCCACAGGGACUAUCACCUCUCCACAGUGUCCAUCUGGCUCCACCCCAGGCCAGUAACGCACCCUGUGUUUUCCUGCCACCCUCCUUCCCCUUUCCCAUUUCAGUUCAACCAGGCCAACCUCUUCCUCUUUCCUGUUUGUUGAUUAAGACCCAGAAUUGCAGUUUUUCUAUCCCAUCCCCACACCCCACCCCUUUGCUUCUGGGCUCCAUCUCCAGGUAAAAGAUUGGUUCAGCUAUAGAGCCUGGCAUGGUAUAGAAGCAGUGAGUGAUGGGGAGCCUCUGGGAGACACAGGUUAUCUCUUCCUGUAUCUGUCCAGUGGGGGAUGGGUCCUCGGACUUGAGGGGCUCCCCUGGGAAGCUGCUGAUGCUUCAGCCAGGCAGGAAAGCUUCCUUCAACUUCCACAACCAGUGGGUGAAGAGAUUCUCACCUCUCAUAACCCCCGUUCAAGUCCCCAAGGCCCCAAUUUCAAGAACCAGACAGCAGGAAGCCUUAGAAGCUGGCUAGGUUCCAGAUCGGGGGUAGUGAUAGGGAGACGAAGUGUAAACAGUAAAUAAAAGGUUUUUGUAUAAA